UAUCGUCUGUUGCUAACUUAGCCGUGGUCCUCCGUGUGUCUGUGAAUGAAUGACAUCAUGCGGGCUGCUGUCGGUCUCCAUCUGCGACAUGACACCCUCAGACACUACGGUUAGACGUUUAUUUAAAAUCCGCCGUUAAACCGGUGUAGAGUGAUGCAGCAGAAGUUGUGUUCCAGAGGUUCUGGUUCUUUCCUCUUGGAGAGGAACGGCCAGGCCUGCGGUGCCGUCACCGUCACCUCCUGCGACCUCCCCUUCCGCUGCCCCCGCUGUGGUGAACAGGAGCGCUUCCGCAGCCUGGCCUCGCUCCGCGCUCACCUGGAGUACCGCCACUCGUACCGCUCACCAGAUGUUACUGCCGGCGGCUUCAGCAUCACUGGCAAACUCCCCGACCCGUUGACGGCGGCGAUCCCCUGGCACGACAUGAGCCUCCCGACCCGCAGGGGGCAGCAGAGCACGGGGCGGCCACCUCACGCCCGCUCCCUUAGUGACAGCAGAGACAGCGGGUACCUCCACUCCUACAGCUCUGUGAGGAGACGCACGCAGAGUGUUGGUGUGGGGACGCAGGCUGAGGAGGAGGAGGAGGAUGACGACGAGGAAUUUGGGACAGAGGAUGAAGAUGGAGGAGAUGAGGAUGAGGACGAUGACGAAGGUGAAGAGAGAGAUGGGGGUAGAAACGAGGAGGAUAUAAAAAUGUGCAUCAAAAAGUCAGAUGUAUGCCACCAUCAACUCAACCACCGUCAUCUCCCAUUCCCUCCUCCAGCGCCUCUUGGUCCUCCACUAGACCCGGACCUGGACCUGGACCUGGACCUCAUAGAGCAGAACUCGUACUCUGGGUUGGAGACUGCAGCAGCCUCGGCCGCCGUGCGUCGACGACUGGCCAGCAUCCUGCGGGCGGCUGACAGCACCAUGCAGCGCCGGCUGGCCAAGGUGAGCACGGAGCUUGCCCAGACCGACACGGAGCUCCUGUGUGAGCGCGCUCACUCCCAGCACUUGGCCCAGGAGAGGCAGGAAGUUGCAGACAGGGAGAGGUCGCUGAGCCGGCAGGUGGAUGUGGCUGUCAUGGUGAUCGCCGCGCUGAGGGAGCAGCUCAACGCCUCAGAGAACGAGCUGGAGCGGCGAGAGAGGGAGGUGAUAACCAUCCAGAAGUUUCUGGAAGCGGCAGCUCGACAGGAGACAUGUGGUAAAGUUCGAAUCCAGCGCUUCAUUGAGAAUCUGCUGAGACGCAUCGCUCUGGCUGAGAGACUGGUGGAGUAUUACCAGGUCAACGGCAGCCCGCAACAGUGCAACCACAACAAGUACCAGCAGCAAACUGAUAAUGGGCCUCACAGAAUCACUAAAAGCAGGUCAGCAGGAGGUCAGCUGUCCUCGUCUGGUCUCCAUGACAACAGAUCCCAUUCCUCCUCGCAGUUCGGCGGCCGUCCUCUGUUCUCCAAACAGGGCGGUGGGGAACGAGACCGGGAGCGGGAGCACCGGGAGCGGCUGGCCCAGUCGUCCAGGCUCUUCUGCCGACCCGAACACAGAGACGACAUCUGGAACCACCAGCGCCGCCGGUCCGCUGGGUACGAAGCAUAGAACUGUAGAGAAACACCGGGGGAGAGGGGGUGUCAGAGGGGAGAACUCUAUUUAACUUUAUUCCAGUGUGUUAACCUAUGGAAAAGUACAGUAUGGUCAAACUUACAUUAAACUUCUCUGGAGCAGUUAAUCUGAGGUGACUCCUCCACUAUAACUCUUCAUUUAAAACAAUAUACUUCUGUACAUGUGGACUGAUGCUCUUAUUCAGCUAAAAGGGUGCAGAUGGUCCAUUAUGCUUAAUAAACUUCAGUUUUUGAAAUCUUAUUUUGACAUAGAAAUGCAAAUUUAGACAAAAUUUUAAUAACUUUACUGCAUAUAUUGUACAGGAUGUUCAAAAAUAGGGAAACGUUAUCAGUUAUUGGUAAAAGAAUUGAAAUAAUUGACUCAUUUUAAGUCAAAAUGGGAGUGUAAUAUGUAUUAUUCCCUCCAAAUGUCAUCUGAUGGACACUUUAUUUUAGUAUUAUGCAAAAAAUGUUUGCAUAUAUUACAUUUUUGUAUAGCAUGGUUGAAUUCAAUUGCUCCUCCUCCUGAAAAGUGCAAUUUUAAUUCAGUUUUUUUAAUAUAUAAAUCAAACUAAGACACCAAUUUAAAAUUAGAGAAAAGAUUACACUAAAUUAUAAAUCAAGAACUCUUUUGUAAAUGUCACUUGGCUUCAGAUGGUCUGAUCACUAAUGAGAGAUAAACACAACACACACAUCACAGUUACUACGCUGCGUUACAGGGUUUAAAAAACAUAAUGCAAUAAUAGAUAUUACUGCAUGACCACAUCGGCAUCACACUGUUUUCAAGUGCAUAUUGUGAAUAUUUUCUAUUGCCAGCACCGUGUUGUUGCAUAUUUUCUACUUUUCCAUAGAUUACUAUACUGAAAUAGACGACGGUGAGGUGUUACACUGGGUGCUUUUUCAGCGGGAUGUAAGUGUGGGUAAACUUUCAGUAUUCAAACAUAUAAAUGAACAGCUUUUCAUCUUUUGUCUCAUCUGUCAGCACAAAUCACAAUAUUUACUACAGUAUGAUUAAUCUCAGUCUUUUAGUGAUACGUUCUGAAUCCUCUUCUGUGUUUUAGAGAAAAUUCAGGUGGAAAUGUGCUUUUGUAUUCAUUGACUGAUUUCAGAUUUAGUUACAGUUGAUCGUGGAAACAUGAAUUUUGAGGAAGGUGGAUUGAGGAUGAAUAGUUCCCAGUGACGUCGAUGAUACGUCCUCUCCUCUGGUUGAACCUUUACAUCUUGGCCUGGUCCCCCCCCCUAAAAAACUGCCCAUCAGUCCAGUUAUCUUAUCUCUGUCUGUGCUUUUGAGGCCAAACGGCAGCGACGAAUGCCUGUGAUCAUCUCGGUAGUUUACGUAGUUUAAACUAAACCCCCCCACUGAACAGCAGAUAAUAUAUUAUCAUAGUUUCACUUGUAUGAAAUGUCCUAAAAUGAUCACUUUAAACAUGCUGCUAAACCAAAUUAUAUCAACUGUGUGAUUAUUAUAAGAUUUGCGAGGAGAUAGUAAUUAAAUUUGUCAGAAAGUGUAUUUAAUGGUGAUGGUGAUAACCUCCAUUUACUUCCAAGGCCAACGAGCAUUUCAGCUAAUUUGGUUUGUGUUGUUACAGGUUACAUUUAAAAACAUCCAUUGUGUAGUGUUUCUCCACUGUUAGGAGCUGGCCCUGGAUGCUAUUAGAGUUUAAGCUAACGUUGAAUUUUGGGGUAGUUACAUCCCAAGUAUGUAAGCUAACAAAUCAGUACGAACUUACUGUUUUCAAUCGUACCUACAAUACUAGGACUAACCAGCUCUAUGUUGCUACAAGAUGGAUCCUUAUUCUUUUAUUUCUGCUUCUUUUAACUGUUGGGGAUAAUGACUUUCUAUCUGGGGCCCUCAGUCUGUUGGCAUGAUAUAAUUACUUAUUCAGCCAUGAAUUGCAUAUUUAAGAAUCCUUUUACAAGAUUCUCAUUUUAAAAUAAGUCAGUUCAAAACAUUAAAAAGUUAGCUGGGGUUAAGUGUUUUGCUGUUGGGAGAAGUUUGCCUCGAGGGUUUUCUCUGUUAACAAGGGAUUUCUUGAUAGAGGUUAGGAACAAAAGAGUGGUUUUGGGUUAAAUUGAACAGAUUUCUGCCAGAACGUCUAUGUGCCGGUAUUUUCAACCAGCUCAUGUAGCAAAUGUUAGCAUAAUUAGCAUGGAAGCUAUGUCUGAUCAAAUCUGCCAGCAAAAGCUUUCAUUUAAGUCGGCAAAUUCACCCGUCAUUGGUUCUAAAAGAAGAGCCUGCUUUUGUCUGCCUCUGUCUGAAAUUAAGGACCCAUUGAUUCAAAAAUUAAUAGAAUUAUUGAAUGGUAAAUCUCUUCUUUUUAAUCACUGUAAACUGUGCCAGAACUGAAAAGCUUGAUAGCGACACUGAAGCUGAACCAUCUGCACCACCAGCAUCAAGACUCCCUCUGGAGUCAGAGAAAUAAAGGGAUUCUUAGAUGGAGUCAGUGUGCCAAAAUUAAACCUACACUUUAUUAGCAACACUUUAAAAUCUGUAUAAUAGUCGGUUGAUUGAAAUAUUGUAUGAUUUGGAACUUUUUCAGUCUUCCUCCACCAACAGCGUCCUCUGAGAGGGUCAGGCAGACGCUACUGUAGCCUCUAGAAUCUCUCUGGAGACUUAUUGUAACUCAAAUGCAGCAAUAUAUCUUAUUUUGAUUCAAGGGGGAGGCCAUGGCUGUGUUCUGGUGCUUCUGUUCACAUCUGAAAUUCAUUAUCUGGUAAAUGAGACAGUUUAAAAAUAAGUUUGGUUAUAAUUGAUGCGCACAACAAAGCUGUACCUAUUCAUCUUUGGUGGAUUUUAAAAACCCGUUAGCUGUAUAUAUACUGGUAACUAAUAAUCUAAACUUCACAGGAGCAUCAUUUUGUAACUUCCUCGCAGCUCUGCUUUGGUUUGCGAAGCACAGACAGGAGUCUGAUGACACCAGACCUGGGUCAAAUGAACUCUGCAUAUUUUUGGCUUUUGUUUUGAAGAGGCUUCAGAUGGCAGAUGGAUCGGAUUCACUACAUUAGGACCAAUACAGUCUAACCUGUCUAAUAUUGUACAUAGAGAGAAAACGUAGAUAUGUUGACUUGGAAAUACUUUAAUGUGAUAUUUAUUUUUUUCUGACAGUCGUGGUCCCAUGUAGCCGAUCACCACCAAUCUGUUAUCUUGUUCUGUAAAAUGUUCCACCUUUGUUUAAAGGAAACCUGCUCGGGAAGGUUUUCCAUUCGCCAGAGUCAGAUGAGUGGUUGGUUAUUAGUUUCAUCUCUGUGUGUUCACUAUGUGUUAGCCUAGCUUAGCACAAAGGCUGGACAGCAGGGAGAAACUGCUAGCCUUGCUCCAUCAAAGGUGCAAAUAACCGCAAAGCUAUCUGAUCAACAUCAGGUUUUCUUAUUGUCAACAAAUCUUAUUGUUAAUCCCAUCAAAACCUGAUAUAUCUUCUUCCUCUGUAAACACAGAGCUCCAUCCUUUUGCAAAAACUGUUGAAAACACAUCAGUUAGCCACACUGGGUACAUUUACAUGCAGAAUAUAUAAUAUAAUAUUCAGAUUUUUCUAUGAGUCAUGUUAACAGCAUAGUCUGUUUGAUAUUCUGAAUCAGGCCUUUUUCCGAAUGGAGCAUUUUCCAAGUAAGACAUUCAGAAUAUGCCGGUAUUAUUCGGAUUUUAGGAGCAUUCGUAAGACUUGUAUACAGCACAUUCGGAAUAUGUGUCUCAGUUUGCGACAGGCGGCUUCUUGUCUGUUUACGGUCAGCUCUGUGUGUUGUCAUGGUUAUGUUGUGCACAAACCAACUCGCCAUUAGUUUGCAAGGCUGAGGUGGAGAUGCAUGCCCAAAAGAAAAGCCCACAUUUCUCAUCAGAAAAAGAAACAUGCCUAGAUGUAAAGAGUAGGAAAGACUCGGAUAUCAACAGGAUUUUGGACAUGUGCAAAUAUCACAACGCUGACCUUUCAAGGAUACAAUAUGAUACGAUACGGUACGAUAUAAUACGAUGCGGUAUGAUAUGAUACAAUACGAUACAAUAUACUUUAUUGUCCCUGUAGGGAAAUUUUUCUUGGACUCAUUGUUGGUUUUGGUCUUUUUAUGGGAUUUGUUGACAAUAAAAAGAUACAGAACAAUAACAUUAUUCUUUUCCUAAACAAAGUAGAGCCUGUAAAUAAAUGUCACUUUUGGUGGAGCUAGUCAGUUUCAGUCUUUGAGGAACUCACCGGAUAAAACGAGCCGUAUACAUGCAGGUACAGUUUGUCCCAGGUCUGGAGGACGCCACACAUAUAACGAAUGUACUCUUGAGUUAACGUAUAGCUCACACUGAAGAGAUGCCGUGUUUUAAGACCUGACUUUUGUCUCACCGUUCAGGCUUAAACUCGCACUCAUUCACACAGAAACGGGUGGAGAUUCUCCGAUCACAAAUGAAUGCUUUCAUCCAAAGUGACUUACAGUGCCGUGAAUGCAUACAGUACACUUGCAGUAAACAAAACUCUUGUUUGAUAGGAUCAUUCCUUUCUCUGCAUCAUUCUCGACGAUCUGUUUACACGUCAUCUUUUGCACUCAUCCAAUGAUAAGAAUGUAAAUGUAAAAGACGGUAUUCGGUGUAAAAUGUAUCUUUGCUGUCGUUGGUUUAGGUUUUGUUGACAGUGUUAAUAGAUAUUUUGUAUACAAAGCUAUUAUGUGUCGUCAAGUGGAAGUAGUAGUCCUACAGUACUUUAACUUGGCAGAACAUUUAUGUGGAUCACAAACAAAUCAUGUCUUUCUUUUUUUUCCAAGUCUUAUCUGUUAUGUGAAUUUAAGACCUUCAAGAGUUCGCUUCUUCUUGUUUCUGUCUUCUUCUUUUUUUUAAUGUUAUUUACAUUUCGGCAAAUGUCGGUCAAUAAGGUCAUGAAAAGUUCUCUUAGUGGAUUUUAGUAGAUAUAGUUUGCAUGCACCCUUUUUGUACACCUGACUAGAAGUUGUGUCAGUUAUUAUUUAUUCCAAAUUUAUUGCAAGUUUCCAUUUUUUCAAGCCAAAUAGUGUACUGUAAUUUUUUUCAUCUGUCCAACAAACCAAGUCAGACUGAUACACUACAGUUUCAGUAAUAUCUAAUACUAUAUCCUGAAUGUUACUGUUGAACGGGCUAAAAAGCAUUAGCCAUCAGUUUUUUAAUGGCUUCAUGGGCCCUAAAACACUGAGGGUAAACUUGAGUUUUGUCAGGUUUACUCUCCACUGCUUCUUUACCACAUAAAAAGCUGAUUCUGAGACAUUUGGACAAAUUGUCCACUGAGUAUUCCAGAGGUCCAUCAUCUGAUCAGACUUCUGAGUCCUUUAGCACUUUAUGAAUUUAGGCACUGAGUAUGACUGCUGCUGUUGAUUAAAAACCCAGUUUCAUGUGAAA